CCUCCGGUGGUGGCGCCGGCUUGCAGCCCGGGUCGUGGCGGUUUCGGUGCCCCAAGCCGGGAGCGCGGAGUCGUUCCCGGACCGGCGGCCAGGCUAUGAUCGCGGGUCCCCGGCGUCCCGCUCCGGUCACCCAGAGUCCCUGUCUCAGCUUGUGCCCGUACCCGAGCGGUCUCCUUAGCCCGGCCCCGCGGCGCGGUUGUCGGCGGCACCCCCGGCGCGCCCCCUCCUCCCGAUGGCGGCGGAGAUCCAGCCCAAGCCGCUGACCCGCAAGCCCGUCCUGCUGCAGCGGGUCGAGGGGUCCCAGGAGGUGGUGAAUAUGGCCGUGAUCGUGCCCAAGGAGGAGGGCGUCAUCAGCGUCUCGGAGGACAGGACCGUUCGUGUAUGGCUAAAGAGAGACAGUGGACAAUAUUGGCCAAGCAUAUACCAAGUGAUGCCUUCUCCAUGUUCAUGCAUGUCUUUUAACCCGGAAACAAGAAGACUGUCCAUAGGUCUAGACAAUGGUACAAUCUCAGAGUUUAUUUUAUCAGAAGAUUAUAACAAGAUGACUCCUGUGAAAAACUAUCAAGCGCAUCAGAGCAGAGUGACGAUGAUCCUGUUUGUCCUGGAGCUGGAGUGGGUGCUGAGCACGGGGCAGGAUAAGCAGUUUGCCUGGCACUGCUCGGAGAGUGGGCAACGCCUGGGAGGUUACCGUACCAGUGCCGUGGCCUCGGGCCUGCAAUUUGAUGUUGAAACCCGGCAUGUGUUUAUUGGUGACCAGUCAGGCCAAGUAACCAUCCUCAAACUGGAGCAAGACAGCUGCACCCUGGUCACAACAUUCAGAGGACAUACAGGUGGGGUGACUGCUCUCUGUUGGGACCCUGUCCAGCGAGUGUUGUUCUCGGGCAGCUCAGAUCACUCUGUCAUCAUGUGGGACAUCGGUGGGAGAAAAGGAACGGCCAUCGAGCUCCAAGGACACAAUUUCAUCACUGUUAAUGGCUCCGUUGUCCUCACUGCGUCGCAUUGUGACCUGUUGUGUGCUUUAUUUCACCAGACCCCUGAAUGGUUGGACAGUGAUUCCUGCCAAAAGUGUAAUCAGCCUUUCUUCUGGAACUUCAAGCAAAUGUGGGACAAUAAGAAGAUUGGCCUAAGACAGCACCACUGCCGAAAGUGUGGGAAGGCCGUCUGCGGCAAGUGCAGCUCCAAGCGCUCCUCCAUCCCUCUGAUGGGCUUCGAGUUUGAAGUGAGGGUCUGUGACAGCUGCCACGAGGCCAUCACCGAUGAAGAACGUGCACCCACAGCGACCUUCCACGACAGCAAACAUAACAUUGUGCAUGUGCAUUUUGAUGCAACCCGAGGAUGGUUACUGACUUCUGGAACGGACAAGGUUAUUAAGUUAUGGGAUAUGACCCCAGUUGUGUCUUGAGGACACCCCAGGCGCAGACAGAUAGCAUUUACUCAAGAAACGGUUGUUGGAAUCCACUUUAUUACUGGGGCUGUCAGCAGACGCGUGAGAGUCCGAGAGAAGCUCGCGAGCCGGGCUGAGUUGGCAUGGGAGCUAGUGAGUGGACACUGGCAAGGAGACUCUUUCAACCUGUUCAUACAAUAGAAAAGAAGAUUUUUUUUUUUUUAACAAAUGGUUUAUACACUCUGGCUGUGCUACAUUGUUUUGGGCAUACUGAAAACUGUGUGGGGUGUUUAAUCUGUAUGUGUUUCUCACUUCCUUUUCGUUGUUGCUCUGUGUGUUAGAGAGAUGAGGAAGGCAUCUGUUGGGGGUAUUUUUGGUCGUUAUAAAGUCCUUUCCAUGUCUCCUUCA